AUGACAAAGAACAAUUUAAAGGCUCACCUGGCCUGGCUUUUGGAGCGUCCUAACCCACUCGACAAUUUUGUGAUUCCCCAAGUGACGCUCGAUUCGCAGGUUGCGUUAGCCGAUUCCGCGAGCACUGAGCCGACGACUUAUAUCGAGCCAGAGCUUGGCCAAAGACCAUCUACUGCAUUACACAUAGAAGAAGUUUCAUCCGCUCCGCGGGCUGCUGCUCCUGGUAAUGAUGAUGUGUCGACUGAUAAUACAAUGGCCGUACUCCAGCUCGCAUCUCCCCCACCACGCAAUAGGCUACACAGUACACUAAGCGCCAAAUGCUCAAUCGAUGUACCAGGAACUCCGGCAGAAAGGAAUUCCAAGAAACGACCCCUGUAUAGAACCGAGUCAGAGACGCCAAAGAUAAGAAUAAAACAACGAAGCCUAACAAGCAUAACUCCCCCAACCAGUAGCAACAGCUCAAGGCUUGCGAGAAAAGUUGGAAUAUCUGGUUCAGUCCUAAAGCAAGAGGAAAUUGAGUCUGUUGAUCUCACGAAAGAUGCUGAACGCAAUCUAUCUUCUUCAGGCUCCGCGUCAACCUUCGGAGAACCUCGGCGAUUAUGGAGAGAGGACUAUGCAUCUCGUUCGGGGCCACAUAGUAGUAGCAGCGAGAAGAAGAAAAGGCGGAAAACCCCCGAUUCGGAGGAUGACUCCUAUCCUCAAAAGAAGCACUCUUCCCCAUCCCCCAUAGUUCGGCAAUUGAAAAGGGAGAAAAUACGGCCUGAAAAGGCCAAGACCCCAGUUGCGCAACGAGUCAUCAAUGACUCUGAAGAUGAUGGUGUUUAUCUCGACAUGAUGAAAGAAGAUACCUUCUACCCUCGCCUGUCUCAAGGAAAGGAAAGCACGGAGGCUUCCAAGAAGAUAAAUGAGCGUAAUGUCAUAUCAGAACCAAAGCUUGAUGUUUCACAAUCAUCAUCAAUUGCACAGCCUCCUAAAGGAACCCAAGCACACCCUCUUCAUCCCUCUACUCCUGCAAACCCCCUCCCUAGUGAGAGGGCAGAUGCACUGAUAACGAGAUACCUGAACACACCUCCAACAUCUUUUCGUCGAAUAAUUAAUACCCUCAAUAACGACAGGACAAUAAAGGCAAAAUCUGCCUAUGACCUGAUCUUGGAAGGGAUUGACAGUCAGGAUAAGAUGAAGGAAGUCAGGAUUCUGGCCUCCCGUAUAAAGGCCAUGGAGGAACUUCAAGAAUUACAUUCUGAUUUCUGUUCCUCCAAAAUGAAUCAUGACAGGUUGAAGUCAGCCCUAAUAGCCUCCAUUGAACAGAUGGGCGAUAUUCCUGACAGCUUCAAGGUUACUGAGAUCAGGGAGUCAGCCCAACGGCUACAGGAGAAGGAAGCGAAAAUAGUUUCCUUGAUACAGGAGUCAGAAAUGUUUAAAGGGCAGAGUUGUGAUAUUUCGACGACGGAUAUAGAUUCGUUUGAAAAAGCGGAUCAAGAACCAGAUUCCUUUUCCCAGGUCAAAUCAACUGUACUACCACAGGCUUCCACCAGUGAGGAUGAGAGCCGCCAUCAUACUUCUGCCAUACCAAAGCCCAAUGAUACAACAUCACUCCCUAGCAACCACACUGGUGGAACGAGAAGAAAUGAUAUCAUGCGUCCUCCAGUACCCGAGACACGGUGGUCACAAGAGUUCCCUUCUGCUCCACGUAAUGUCAAGAGCCCCCUAAGUAGUUGGGAUACCCAAUUUGACGAUGCCGAGGAUUUUGUCGAUAUGCUUGACGAUGACCCUCCUUAUUCUAGAACCAUGGACGCUCCAUGUGGCCUGGCAACAACGGCAACUGCAGUUGACUCCGACUUCGAUGAUCGAUCUGCCUCCAAUCCAUAUGAUGAACUUGAGGACUUUUUUGAUUCUCCUAAUUCCAAGCCCGCUCCGUCUGCUCCUGGCCCCCCUGAAUCCCACUCUCAAUUCCCUAAUAGGGAGGUGUUCCGUGAAACGUCCGGAAAUCAGUCAAAACCGCCGUCGGUGAAACACCUCAGUCAAAAGGAUGUUGGCCAGAUAAGCUCAGUGGAAGGCCAUCCUUGGAGCAGGGACGUCAAAUCUGCCAUGAGAGAAACAUUCAAACUACGCGGCUUCCGCCCCAAUCAACUCGAAGCUAUCAAUUCUACCCUCAGUGGCAAAGAUACCUUUGUUUUAAUGCCCACAGGAGGUGGUAAAUCUCUUUGUUAUCAACUGCCAUCUAUAAUACGAACUGGGAAAACGAAAGGAGUUACUAUAGUGAUUUCUCCUUUACUAAGUCUAAUGCAAGAUCAAGUUGCCCAUCUUCAAAAACUCAAUGUGAAAGCCUUCUUGAUAAACGGAGAUGUGUCAAAGGAUGAACGAGCUACGAUUAUGAACAAUCUCCGGAGCCUCCGAGCCGACUCACUUAUUCAAUUGCUCUACGUUACACCCGAAAUGCUUGCCAAAAGCCGUGCCAUGGAAAGCGUAUUGCUUCAACUCCAUAGUAACGAUAAGCUUGCUCGCAUAGUUAUUGAUGAAGCUCACUGUGUCAGUCAGUGGGGCCAUGACUUCCGACCAGAUUAUACUGCGCUGGGUACGAUGAGAGAAAAGUAUUCUGGUGUCCCAGUAAUGGCAUUGACUGCCACGGCAACCCCAAAUGUCCAAGUUGACGUUAUACACAACUUGCGGAUGAAGGGGUGUGAAGUUUUUACUCAAUCGUUUAACCGCCCAAAUCUGACGUACGAAGUGCGAAAGAAGGGAAGAGCCCAAGAUGCACUCAAAGAUAUCGCCGAUCUUAUUACAAAUGAUUACCCUGACAAAUGUGGAAUAAUAUACUGCCUCUCGAGAAAAACUUGCGAAAGGGUAGCUAUGCAGCUCUCCUCCAAAUUUGGCGUCAAGGCGGCUCAUUACCAUGCCGGGCUGAGCUCAAAGGACCGGUUUACAGUUCAAAGAGAUUGGCAGUCAGGAAAACAUAAUGUUAUCGUUGCGACAAUCGCUUUUGGGAUGGGAAUAGAUAAGGCUGAUGUGCGCUUUGUUAUUCACCACUCAAUUCCACAGAGCCUGGAAGGGUAUUACCAGGAAACUGGCCGGGCUGGUAGAGAUGGCAAACGAUCUGAAUGCUAUCUCUACUACGCCUACUAUGAUUCUACUUCGAUAGGUUACAUGAUCAAGAAAAACAAGGAGACUACCCAUGAACAAAAACAACGCCAGCGACAGAUGCUACGUCACGUCACCCAGUUUUGUGAAAACAUCACGGAUUGCAGACGUGCUCAAAUUCUCGCAUAUUUUGACGAGAAAUUUAAACGAGAAGACUGUAACAGGACAUGUGAUAACUGCAAAUCUGACUUCACAUUUGAAAUUCGUGACUUUACGCAGCAUGCUGCUGCUGCUGUUAGGCUUGUUGGAAAUCUGGAAAGCGCGAAAGUGACAGUCCUGGCGUGUGUAGAUGCCUUCAGAGGUUAUCCACGCCAGUCAGAGUUCUCUCAACUUCCAGAAUUUGGAUACGGGAGUGAACUUGAACGUGGCGAUGUUGAACGAUUGUUUAGACAUCUCCUUUAUGAAGAUGCGAUUGAAGAACACAACGUACCCAAUCAACGAGGAUUCGCUGUUCAGCACGUCAAGCUGGGACGAAAUGCUCAACGGUUCAAGACUGGUCGGCACAAGACGGAGCUGCCGAUACGUAUCACUCCUGGCAAAGCAACUACUACCCGACGGGUUGACACGAACUUUACUGGUGUUCGAGUCGCGAGAGAUGAUCAGCCAGAAUCCACCAAUGUGUCUUCGCCAAUUCGAGGCCCAUCUCAUUUGCGCAUGCAAGAUCGGAGAAGUCGCAAGGUGCAAACAGAAGAUGAUGAAGAUGACGACGAUAGUGAUGGUUUUGCCCCCAUUCGUGAUGCAAGAAACCCAGGCAGUCCAUCAAGAUCGCGUCACUCACAGCUUGGCCCUAGAAUAACAGAUGAUGGAAGCCGUUCUGGCCUGAGCGAUCUUCGUGAAAUGGUUCUAGACGAUUUUUUGCUGAGGGCAAAAGGGAAAUGUGAACAG